AUGAUCCAGAAGUUGAUUGAUGCGGGUGACCUUAAGCAACAUCUCCAGAAGGCAGAGACCGAUGACAGGUCCAAACGAAGCAAGCAAGUCCAGCUACCUGAGGGCAAUCGAACGCUCAAUACAAUUUCAUGUUCGGAACCCAAUGGUCCCUCACUGGCUGCCCAGAUAGGAAAAAGAUUCAGGAAAAAAUUUGAGGACUAUUGCGAGCUGUACAAGAUCGAUGGAGUCGAAGUUGACGAACACGAACAGUGGAUGAACGCACCGAUGACAUUUGAUGCCGAAGAUGUUGAAGAAGAUAUGGAGGAUCACAACGAUCCCUUAGUUCUCACGCUACCAGUGGCAGGGUGCAACGUGAAGAAGAUUUUGAUUGACAGAGGUAGCUCAGCCAAUGUUCUAUUUUAUGACACGUUCAAACGAAUGGAAUUGAAUGAUGAGCAGGUGAUGUCUUCUUACUACACCAUCUAUGGAUUCAACGGUGCUCCAACGAAGCGUCUAGGAUAUAUUGUGUUAGAAGUCAAGGCAGCACCGAUGAAAUUCAGUACCCGAUUCAGCGUAGUGGACGUUCCUUAUCCCUAUAACACCAUCAUCGGCCGAAGAUGGGUGCAAAAACUCAAAGGAUUUGCGGCAACGUAUCACCAAUACCUUAGAUUCCCAACAUCCAAAGGGGUAAUGGAAAUUAAAGGCGAUCAGGUCACCGCGCGGGAAUGUCAAGUUUUACAAAAGUAG